UGACGCCUCCUCUGAAUCAGAGUCUGAUAGGAUAUGUGGGGACUUCCCUUCCUUUUUUUAUUACAAUGCGAGACCAUUCCAAACAAGCAGGUUGCUUUCAUUCUUCCAUGACUUCGGUAUUCCUCGGUAAGUCCUGAACAAAGUGAGUGGCAGUGGAGUGGGGUGGAGUGAAUGGACAGCUAGAAUAAACAAUGGAGUACUAAUUGCACGACGUGGAACGCACUCGGUGAAUGUUAUAAAUAAUUUCCUCCGUAUUGGGAGUCGGGGGAGGAGUUUUCAACUGAUGAUUAAACAGCAUGGCGAAAAGGAUAACUCUGGACGACAUCCCACCAAAGUUUCGUACCGACAACGAGUUCCGACUCCACCCAGCCAAAGUCCCACAUGUUGUACUGGAACCAGAUUUCGUUGCCGACAAACGUGUUUUUGUGAUCGGUGACGUCCACGGGUGCUGUGAUGAAUUGAAGCUUCUGAUCGACAAAGCUGGAAUCACUAUCGGGGAUCCUGACUCCAUAAUAAUACUAGUGGGAGACCUAAUUAAUAAGGGACCCAAAAAUAAAGAAGUGUUGGAGUUCGUCCGUCAACUUGGCGCUUUCUCUGUUCGUGGAAACCAUGACCAGAAGUGCAUUAGUCAAAUGGCGUUUUUACGAGAAGGCAAACCCAUCGAGGAGGAGUUUGAAUAUCUGCGAGAAAUGUCUGACGAGGAUUUCGAUCAGCUUAUAGAUCUCCCAUAUACAAUCAGUCUGCCCUCGCUUAAAUCUGUAAUCGUGCAUGCUGGUCUAGUUCCUGGACUCCCCCUGGCUUCACAAGAUGCUGUUGAAAUGAUCAUUAUGCGGAAUCUAAUCGAGGACACUGCUAAUGAUCAUACGGAAAGCGACUAUCAAGAGCGACGUUAUAAAGCAACGAAGUCUAGAAAGGUCGGUCAGCCAUGGGCGAGUGUGUGGCCGGGACCAGACCAUGUGUAUUUUGGACAUGACGCUGUUAGGGGGCUACAGCAGUAUGACUAUGCCACUGGUCUGGACACGGGAUGUGUGUAUGGAAAACGUCUAACUGGCAUCUUCCUUACUGGAGAUAAACAACUUGUAGAAGUAAAGGCUGCAAAAAUGUAUAGCGUACCUGAUUUAUGAAGUAAUUGACCUCAAUGUAUAAAUCGUGGGCAAACAUUUCCUACAAAAGUUAAAACCAAGAAGAAGAUGCAUAAAAGCAUAUACAUGUAUCACUAAAAAAG